AAUAACGUUUAGAAGCAUAAAUACGUAUAGUUCCGAAUUGCUUUGUUAGUUUCAAUCAAUUAUGUAAAUUUUGAAGUUGCUUUAAUCUUUAACUUAAGCCUGCUGAAUUAUAUAAUUGAUUCAACGAACCAUACUAGGAAUUGUAUUAAAGAAUAAAUUUAAAAUUAAAUUAACUUGAUAUGGAUACUUUUACGUUCUCUUUCUUCUUUUCUGUAGCAGUAUUUGUGUCAAGCGAUAGUAUGAUCCCUAUAGAAGAAACAAGCGCCUAUAAUUAUCAUAAUAAUUAUGGUAUUCCAGCUUUCAAAAAAAUAAGGCGCAAUGAAGAAUUUAAUCUUAUUCUACAAGCAAGUGGAGUGCCCACUAUUGUUGGUGGAUAUUACACAGAUAUUGCAGAAGUCCCUUAUCAGGUUGGACUUAUUAUAUCUUUAUUGUUUCUUUUAACAUCUGUAUGUGGGGGUUCUCUCAUAUCACCAACCCGUGUCCUCACUGCCGCCCACUGUCACUCGGAUGGCGUUUUAAAAGCAAACUCUUUCACCAUCGUCUUGGGUUCUAACAAACUAUUCUUUGGUGGGCAACGCAUCGACACUAGAGAUGUCUCGGUACACCCUGAUUGGGAUGCGAAGAAGAUUGCAAACGAUCUUGCAAUUCUGCGAAUACCCUUUGUCGCAUUUACAAAUGAGAUUCAACCAAUCGCUCUUCCAACUCAUGAUGACAUACCAAACAUGUUCACUGGAUGGGUUGCUCUUGCUUCUGGCUAUGGACUCACUAGUGAUGAUUGCAGAAUUCGUAGAAACCAGAGCUUAAGCUCUGUCAAGUUAACCAUCAUCAGUAAUGAAGAAUGCGCUGAGCCCUUCGGUUUGGAUUUGAUCCACAACAGUAACAUUUGCACCAGCAGCGCCAACGGUCAAAGCACUUGCCGUGGAGACUCUGGAGGUCCCCUCAUUGUGUAUAUUAACCAUCGAAGAGUACUUAUUGGUGUCACUUCGUUUGGUGCCCGCGCAGGUUGCGAAGCAGGCUACCCAGCAGCGUACUCUAGAGUGUCAUACUUCAUUCCUUGGAUCAUCAGCCAAUAACCACUUUCUCAAUGUUGUCAAGAU